AUGGCGAAAGACGACUCCACUGUUCGUUGCUUCCAGGGCCUGCUGAUUUUUGGAAAUGUGAUUAUCGGUAUGUGCGGCAUCGCCCUGAUGGCAGAGUGCAUCUUCUUUGUAUCAGACCAAAACAGCCUCUACCCGCUGCUUGAAGCCACCAACAAUGACGACAUCUAUGGUGCAGCCUGGAUUGGCAUGUUUGUUGGCAUCUGCCUCUUCUGCCUCUCUGUCCUGGGCAUCGUAGGCAUCAUGAAGUCCAACAGGAAAAUUCUUCUGGUGUAUUUCGUCCUGACGUUUCUUGUAUAUGCUUUCGAAGUAGCGUCUUGUAUCACAGCAGCAACACAGCGAGACUUUUUCACACCCAACCUCUUCCUGAAGCAGAUGCUGGAGAGAUACCAAAACAACAGUCCUCCAAACAAUGAUGACCAAUGGAAAAACAAUGGAGUCACCAAGACCUGGGACAGGCUUAUGCUCCAGGACAAUUGCUGUGGUGUAAAUGGCCCAUCAGACUGGCAGAAAUACACCUCUGCCUUCCGGACUGAGAACAGCGAUGCCGACUACCCCUGGCCUCGUCAGUGCUGUGUUAUGAACAACCUUAAAGAACCUCUCAACCUGGAAGCCUGCAAACUAGGAGUGCCUGGAUACUACCACAAUCAGGGCUGCUAUGAGCUGAUCUCUGGACCAAUGAACCGACAUGCCUGGGGAGUUGCGUGGUUUGGAUUUGCCAUUCUCUGUUGGACUUUCUGGGUUCUCCUGGGUACCAUGUUCUACUGGAGCAGAAUUGACUAUUAA